AUGUGUUGUGAUAAAGAAAACUGUUUUGUUGAUCGCGUGUCUGUUGAGUCUUUAUUUUGUUUUUCAUUCUUUUUUGCAUUAUUUCUUUCAUUCUUUCUACUUGUUUUUCUUCGUUCUUUCUACUUGUUUUUCGUCUUUCUUUCUCCGUUCCUCUCUUCCGGUCUUUCUUUCUUUCUUUCUUUCUUUCUACCAAAUUUUCGUCGCUCCUUCUUCUUUCUAACAAUUUUUCUUCUUUCUUUCUUUCUUUCAUUCUACCAAAUUUUCAUAUUUCUUCUUUUCUCUCUUUCUUUUUUCUUUCUUUCUUUCUUUCUUUCUUUCUUUCUUUCUUUCUUUCAAUCAGUUUUUCUUCAUUCUUUCUACCUGUUUUUCGUCUUUCUCCCUUUUUCUACCAAAUUUUCUUUCUUUCUUUCUUUCUUUCUACCAGUUUUCUUUUUCUUUCUACGAGUUUUUCAUUCUUUCUUUCGUUUUCUUUGUUUCUUUCUUUUUUGCAGAUUACUUUCUUUCUACCAGUUUUCUUUCUUUCUAUUUUCAUUUUUUACUUCUUUCCUUCUUUCUUUCUUUCUUUCUUUCUUUCUUUUCUUUUCUUUCCUUCAGCCUUCUCCCAUCUUUUUUCUUUCUUUCUUUCUUUCUUUCUUUCUUUCUUUCUUUCUUUCUUUCUUUCUCGUCGUCCGUUCUUACUUUCUUUCUUUCUCCUUUUCUUUCUUUCUUUCUUUCUCGUCGUCCGUUCUUACUUUCUUUCUUUCUCCCUUUCUUUCUUUUUUCUUUUUUUCUCCCUUUCUUUCUUUCUUUCUUUUUUUCUUUUUUUCUUUCUCGUCAUUGUUUGUCUCUUUCAUUCGUUCGUUCUUUCUUUUUUAUUUCUUUGUUAUGCUAAUAUUUCAUUUUAUACGAUUAACCUCAUAUCGUAUUUUCUUAAUUUCGUUUUUUUUUCCUUAUUUUGUACUUUCUUUCUUCCUUUCUUUCUUUCUGUGUGUCUUUCUUAGACUAUUUGUUCUUCUCUCUCCUUUCUAUUUCUUUCUUUCUUUCUUUCUUUCUUUCUUUCACCAUUCUUUCUUUUUUUUACCUUUUAUCGAUUGUUCGUUUCUUUCAUUCGUUCGUUCUUUCUUUGUUAUGCUAAUAUUUUAUUUUAUACGAUUAACCUCAUAUAGCAAUUUCUUUUUUUCGUUUUUUCCCUUCUUUCUUUCUUUCUUUCUUUCUUUCUUUCUUUCUUUCUUAGACGACUUGUUCUACUCUCUCCUUUCUAUUUCUUUCUUUCUUUCUUUCACCAUUCUUUCUUUUUUUACUUUUUCAUUGAUUGUUUGUUUCUUUCAUUCGUUCGUUCGUUCUUUGUUAUUUGUUCUUUCUUUCUUUCUUUCUUUCUUUCUUUCUUUCUUUCUUUCCUUCUUUCUUUCUUACGUUUUUAAUUUCUUCAUCGCUUCUUUUUUCUUUCUUUUAUUCAUCCAUCCGCUCUUUCUUGCUUUAUUUGUUAUUUCUUUCUCUAUAAUUUUCUUUCCUUUUUUUUUUCAACUUUCCCUUCCGCUUUUUCUUUCCUUUGUUCUCUCAUUCAUUUACUCGUCUUUCUUUUUUACUUUUUUCAUCAAUUGUUUCUUUCUUUCAGUUCUUCAUUAUUUCUUUCUUCCUUUCUUUUCCUUUCUAAUUUAUUCGUUCUUUCUUUCUUUCUUUUCUUCUUUCUUCAUCCUUUUUUUCUUUCUUUCUUUCUUUUCCUUUCUAAUUCCUUCAUUCUUUCUUUAUUUUUUUUCUAAUUUCUUUCUUUCUUUUCAUUUCUUUCUUUCUUUCUUUCUUUUUCUAGUUUCUUCGUUCUUUCUUUCUUUCUUUCUUUCUUUUCCUUUACACACAUUAAUAAACGUCUUUUCCAAAUAUCUAUCUAAUAAUCUAUCUAUCCAUAUUUAUCUAUCUAUCUAUCUAUCUAUCUAUCUAAAACAUCUCAUUCUGUCUGUGUUUUUUAUAUCUAUCUAUCUAUCUAUCUAUCUGAUCUAUUUUCAGUCUAUUGGACUGAAAAUGUAUGUAUGCAUGUAUCUAUCUAUAUAUCUCUCUAUCUCUCUCCUCUAUCUAUCUAUCUAUCUAUCUGAAUAUAUAUCUAUCUAUCUCAUCUAUCUGGUCUUUUCAUAUCUAUCUAUUUUCUAUCUAUCUAUCUAUCUAUCUAUGAAUUUCUUUAAUUCUUUAUCAUUAAAUCUUUUAAUUAGGAUUGAAAACAUCAAGAACAUCUUCUAUAAAACUAUCUAUCUAUCUUCAAAUUUUUUAUGCAUCUAG